GACACCUCAGUGUUAGUGCUCUUCCCUGAUUUUCCCCUUUUUCUUUCCUACGAUCCCACAUCUCAGAGCUCCCCUGUUUCUUCUUCCUCUGUUCUGUCCAGAAGCUAAAGAACCGAUAAUGACGAACCAAAAUGUGGUGGCUUCCGAUGAGAAAUCGGUACUCAGUGUCAGCUGGAUCACGGUGUCCCUGCCCAACUCGCCUCUGUUAACUCUGCGGCCGGUUGUUUCUGUUACUCGGAAGCUCCUGAAGAAUCUAGAAACUAAUAACGGGUCACCCAAAAUCAAUGCUUGUUGGGUGGAUUCCAUGCGUGCUUCUUCUCCUACCCGUGUCAAUUCUCCGAUGGCUUCUCUAUCGGAAACCGACAAGCAUACUUCUUGGAUUGCUCGUCAUCCGUCGGCGUUAACCAUGUUCGACCAGAUUGCAGAUGCUUCUCUAGGAAAACAAAUCGUGCUGUUUCUCGACUACGAUGGCACCCUCUCUCCAAUUGUCGAGGAUCCAGAUCGAGCCUUUAUGACCAACGAGAUGAGAGAAGCUGUAAGAGACGCAGCUGAAUAUUUUCCGAUAGCCAUAGUUACCGGUCGGUGCUACGACAAGGUCUAUAGCUUUGUAAAAUUGGCAGGGCUAUACUAUGCUGGAAGCCACGGCAUGGACAUUAAGGGACCAUCUAAAAGCUGCACACACAACAAAGGAAAUCAUAAUCCAGUUCUGUUCCAACCAGCUAGUGAAUUCUUACCCAUGAUUGAAGAGGUAUAUAAAUCUUUAGAAGAGAAAACAAAAUCUAUUCCAGGAGCAAGAGUAGAAAAUAACAAGUUUUGUCUAUCCGUUCACUUUCGCUGUGUUGAUGAAAAGAGUUGGGAUGCAUUGGCUGAGCUAGUUAGAUCGGUUGUGAAUGAGUACCCUAAGCUUAAACUAACUCAAGGAAGAAAGGUAUUGGAGAUUCGUCCCACCAUCAAAUGGGACAAAGGAAGAGCUCUUGAAUUUUUACUUGAGGCAUUAGGAUACGCCAAUUCGGCUGAUGUUUUACCAGUGUACAUUGGUGACGACAGAACCGACGAAGAUGCAUUCAAGGUUUUGCGUGAUAGAGGGCAAGGAUUUGGAAUCGUCGUUUCUAAAGUUCCAAAGGAAACUAAUGCUUCUUAUUCUCUGCAAGACCCAACUGAGGUUAUGGUUUUUUUGCGGCGUUUGGUGGAGUGGAAAGUAGCGUUGUUGCGACGUAGAUGAUGGGUCAAUUAACUAACAAUUGAUAUUAAUGUUCUUCUUAAAGAUAAUCAAAUGCAAUUAAUUGA